UGGCUCCGGCUAACGUUGCAUUCGCUCGUCUCACGGCGGCGGAUCCGUCGAAGAAAGGAGAGCUAAAAAGCCAAAAGGGUUUUGUUCCGCAUGAACCGCGUGGACCAAGAGUCAACGGAGAAAGAUCUUCGACUCUCGAGUCGACUUCAAACGAACCGAACCGCCAAAUUGGAUCGUUCGCCCCUCUCUUCCUCCAUCUUCUCCUCCUCCUCCUCCUCCUCCUCCUUCUUCUUCUCCAUUUGGUCGUCGCUCAGCGAUCUCUCUCUCUCUCUCUCUCUCUCUCUCUCCCCCGCCCUCUCUCUUCCCGCUUCGUCUCUGUAACAACUCGCGAGGGUUCAUCGCUGUACAGAUCUCCGAGGACCUGGCUGAGGAAAUGGCUGCGAACGAUCCCAAGCAGGGCGGCGGCUUCUUGGCUUCCAUAGCUUCGAGUUUCUCCAACUUCGGUAGCGCCAUGACCAAAUCGGUUAACGGGCUUCUGGGUUAUGAGGGACUGCAGGUCGUUAAUCCAGAAGGAGGCACACAUGAUGCGGAAGAGGAAGCGACAAAAGGGAGGUGGAAACAGGAAGAUCGGGAUAGUUACUGGAAGAUGAUGCAGAAGUAUAUUGGUUCAGACAUCACAUCGAUGGUGACACUUCCUGUUCUCAUAUUUGAGCCCAUGACCAUGUUGCAGAGAAUGGCUGAGAUCAUGGAGUACUCUCACCUUUUAGAUCGGGCUGAUGAAUGCGAGGAUCCCUACGUGCGAUUGGUCUAUGUGGUUUCAUGGUUCAUAUCCAUCUAUUAUCCAUUUCAAAGGCCCUGGAAGCCAUUUAAUCCGAUUCUUGGUGAGACUUAUGAAAUGACAAAUCAUGAUGGCGUCACUUUUUUAGCAGAGCAGGUCAGUCAUCACCCUCCAAUGAGUGCUGCACAUGCCGAAAAUGAACAUUUCAUAUAUGAUGUAACUUCAAAAGUUAAAACCAAGUUUUUGGGGAACUCACUCGACAUCUAUCCUCUUGGAAGGUCUCGUGUGACCCUCAAGAGAGAUGGAGUUGUUUUUGAAUUGGUCCCUCCGCCCACAAAAGUCAACAAUCUAAUCUUUGGACGUACUUGGAUCGAUAAUCCGGGGGAAAUGGUCUUGACGAACUUGACAACUGGGGAAAAGGUUGUGCUAUAUUUUCAACCAUGCGGCUGGUUUGGGGCUGGUCGCUAUGAAGUUGAUGGCUAUGUGUAUGAUGCUGCUGAGGAACCCAAAAUAUUGAUGACAGGGAAGUGGAAUGAGUAUAUGAGCUACCAACCCUGUGACAAAGAAGGGGAACCACUGCCAGGCACUGAACUAAAGGAGGCCUGGAGAGUUGCUGAGGCUCCGAAAAAUGACAAGUUUCAGUACACAUACUUCGGACACGAGAUAAACAGUUUCAAUACUGCUCCCAAAAAAGUUCUGGCAUCUGACUCUCGUUUACGUUCCGAUAGAUAUGCUCUUGAGCAGGGUGACCUCCCUAAAGCUGGUGCUGAAAAGAGCAGAUUGGAGGAAAGGCAAAGAGAAGAGAAGAAGAACCGAGAAAUGAAAGGCCAUAAAUUCACUCCAAGGUGGUUUGAUCUGACUGACGAAAUUAGUCCCACACCUUGGGGCGAUUUGGAAGUGUACCACUACAAUGGAAAGUAUACUGAACAUCGGGCUGUAGUAGAUAGUCUAGACACCAUCGAAGAGCCUGACACUGGAUCAACCAAGUUCAAUCCCUGGCAGUACUAGGCAACUUUUUGCUGAAGAAGUUAUCUUGCGCAAAUUCUACUUUCUCUUACAUAGUGGCCUAUGUAUGUCGUAGUUGAUCAUCUUGAAUGCGAUUAGCAUGUUAUUAGCCACUUCUUUCUUCUACUCGGCAUUCUUUUAUUCAUAGGAGAUUGUAUUGUAUAACUUACCCCUGGCUGCAGCAUGGUGUUAAAAAAGUCAUUUGAGACCAUCCUACAUAGCCCAAUCACAUUCUGAGUACUAUAGUUCUCAUGUAUUCUCUCUUGUACUGAUGUCUGUGAAUUGCGCUA